AUGGAAGAGUCGGAGGACCACUCAAACUUCUGGGACGUUGGUAAACUCGGAAGUGAGGACGGCCUGCCCUUGGUUAGGUCGGAUUCGGUCGGAAGCAUACAAUCGAUUUCAAGCGCUGGGUCGACCAGCUCAUCACGGGCAAAAACUUGGGUUUGCGAGUAUGAAGGUUGCUCAAAAGCAUUCACGCGACCCUCACAGCUAACGGAACACCAAGAGACGGUUCACCAAGGGUUGAAGCCUUUCACAUGCACUGAAUGCGGCCGGCAGUUCACGCGGAAGACGCAUCUGGAGCGUCAUAUGUUCACGCAUACAGCGGAAAAACCCUUCCACUGCUCUCACUGCGGGAAAGGUGUUACAACGCGGCAGCAGCUUCGGAGACACGAGAUUACACAUACCCGAUCCUUCGUGUGCCCGCACGAAGGAUGCGGAGAGAGCUUCUACAAACACCCUCAACUGCGCUCGCACGUCCUCGCGGUACACCUCCAGAAACUGAACUGUGAGUUUUGUGGCAAGAAGUUCCAGAGGCCCUACCGCCUGAAAAACCACAUUGCAAAACACCACAACCCAGAUACAGUCUAUAAGUACCAGUGUUCGCAUGGGUCGUGCGUAGAAGCAUUCAAGACCUGGACUGCCCUGCAGCAGCAUGUGAAGGAGGCGCAUCCCAAACUCCAGUGCCCUACCUGUGGGAAAGCUUGCGUGGGCGAACAGGGUUUGCAGAUGCACAUGAGGGUCCAUAGCAGCAUGACAGUUAUCAAAAACUGGAAGUGCGAGUCUUGUCCAGAUCUCUAUUUUGCAAAGAAAGCGGACCUCGUUUCACACUGCUUAGAGCAUCACAAAGACCUCGUUUCUACUUUACUGAAUGACAACGAGCGGGAGCCUGCUGAGCCCUCGGCCACAGCCUCGCCUAAUAACAUACCUCUUGAAUCUGGUGCACGUCCUUCUCGUCUGCGCAGUUCAUCCACUAAGCAUGAUUCAGAAUCUGAGCUGGAGUCUAUUCAAACCGAGGUGAAGCUUAGAAAAUACUUUGAUUCUGGUAAAUCAUCAGUAUCUCUACUGCUCAAUUCUGCUGGCCGAAAACUCAAAUGCCCUUAUUUGGGGUGUUACAGAUCUUUCAAGACCGAAGAAAAAUACGAAAUGCACAUUCAAAAGCACAAGAUUCAUCAGCUUAAGCUAAAAAUACUGCAAGAAAAGAACCAAGCAACUUCCCUGGCCUCGGAAGAAAAUGAGCUUGAAAGUAAUAUGGAACGGAAAAACGGUAAUUCACAGGAUCUGGAAUCUCUGUCGGCAGCAGCAAAUAGGUAA